CGGCUCUGCUCUCUGCAGCAGAACCUAAGCGGAUGAAAUUGGCAAGCAUGGCUCGCAGUGAGGACCAAUAUUAUGAAAAGAUAACAACUCUUCAGCAAAGCCUGCAUAAAAGGGAGAAGCGGCGGCUGGAGCUGGAGAGGGAGCUGUUUACUUACUCCAGAUCUGAUAAAAGAAUCUCACAGAUAAAGUGUUCCAAACUGCGCAGUUAUCUCAAGGAAAUCUGUGACAGGGAAGCACGAGCGAAAAUGAGAAACCUUGAGCUUCUGAGAGAUGUGGAGUGCAUAGAAAUUAGCAUGAAGGUAUACAGUCCUGACCAUGCCCCCCUGCAACAACAAAAGGCUGAGUUUCUGAAUAAGAUUUCCAGAUUCAUGGAAGCAAGGGAGAAAACAGAGCAAAAGGUUGAACCAGUAAAGGGUGAAUCUGCACACAGACAGUACCACGACAUCUCUCUCUCUCACACGGCUAAGGAUUUUACACAACCACCGACUGUAAUUUUUAUGGGCCGCCAGACCUCCAGAGGGUCUGACGCUGAGCCUGGCACCACAAGUGUACACUUACACCAAGCAUUGCACCGUUCACCCAAUCGCAGCGUGCACUCCCGCGAACGUCUACCAAGUGGCCUUUUGAAGGACUUCAGAGUUAGCGGAGAGGAUGCCGCCAGCAACCGAGCACAUUUAUCAGAUGACAUUUCAGGCUCAAACGAUUCUCCUGACGGCUAUAAUUUGAGUGACAAACAUGAAAGAACGAUGGCUGUGCUUCCAGCUGGCAAUGUGCCUUUUGGAAGUGAUGAUGAGCGAGAACCUUCACCUGUAGUGACCUUGACGAGGCCUGAGAGGAAGCCGACUCCCAGCAGCAGCAGCAGCAGUAGUCCCUUAAGGGCUGAGAAUCCCCCCGCAGAACACACUGAUUCCCAAGAGGUGGCUCAUCAGCCCCCCGUAAUGGAGGAUGCAGAGAGAGUGCCUGAAACCACUUUUGGAAAACAAUCUCAAGAAACAGCAGGUAGACAAGACAGUGCCAGCACACCCAGUUCUGAUGUGCAGCUGUCAGAGAGCAGUGCUAGUGACCUGUCCAUAUCUCUGACCCAAUCUGAGCUGGAGGAGGAUCUACCCGAGGGUGUGGCCCCUGAGAGGAAUGGCACUUCUGAAGGGAGUCCCGCAUCAUCCCUCCACUCUGACGGAUCCAGGAACACACCUCAAUUAAACUGUGAAACCACACCUCCUGCUGUGACCUUGGAAAGACUCUCACAGGAAGGACUUUUUAAUCUGCUAGACGGCAUCGAAGGACGACUCCAUGGUGAACAGACGAGCGUGUACGGGGAUUCUUCUAUUGAUGGAAUGCAACUUGAUAGAAUUAUCAGCCUUUGUAACGGUGGAGCGGGCUUGAAUGACGAGGACCUUGAAGCAUGUGGAGCAGUCUUCCUUCAUGAGCUUCAGAGGUUGUCAUGGAGCACAGCAAAGGGCUGCCUGCUAUCACAGGAUCUAGUGACUGCUCACCAGUCCAGCACUGAGCCUAAUGAAAUCAGCACCAGCCUCCCUCCUGAUGCCGCUCGGCUGUGGGAUCGCUGGUUCAAGCACGCCCUUCUGCUCAAGGAGCGCCGUGUCCUCAGCACUGAGCGUUCAGUCCAGCUGUUCACGCCGCUGCUGCUGGAGCGCCAUGCCACCUACAGCCACCAGGCCAAAGUGUUGCUGAGGACACUUCUGUCCCGGUCCAGUGAGGAGUGCCCGCCGGCAGAGGACGAGAGCGACUUGUCUUCUUCGUGUGGCCCUUCUUCGCUCCCGGUUGACGAUGGCAAUGUGAAACAGAGAAAGCAACAGAAGCAAUGGAUCCAAGGACUACAAAGUACUGAAGAGGACAGCCAGGACGAAAGCCCUGUGGAAAGUGUUCCUAUUAGAGAGACAAAAGCAUAUCAGUUACUUAAACAAUCAGCCAUGCAGGAAAGGCUGCAGAGUUCUGAAGAGGAGGAGGAAGAGGAUGGCCUCUCAGGAAAGAGAAGAUUAACUCAAAGGUUUAUUCUGCACUACAGUCUAAAGCUUUCUGGGGGGAGUCAGAUGACAGCGACUCAGAGAUUGAAGCAGCCCUACGUCCUCAACCUUUCAACACAAACACUGAUGACAUUGAUGACUUCUAUGACUGAUAUUUCUGUGGAGAUAUUUUUUAAAUGCACCACAUUAUAUCACAGCACAAUUUCAGGCAGAUUGGCUCAUAGUAAUUUACCCCCUGACCAUUGUUUUAGUGGUCUGCGUUGUAAAUCAUAUGCACACUGUAUCGUAAAAACAAAUAAUAAAGUUGACAGCUCUCACACUGGGUAAAGUAUGUGAAGAGUUGUCCAACACUCUGA